UAGUUGGGUAAUUCUCUUUCAACUUGUAUAUUGAAACAAAUGAAACAGUAAAUAUGAAAUUCUAAAUGUUUUACAUUUUUCUCUAGGAAUACGGAGUGCUUUGCAUUCAGGAAUACGGAAAAAACAGCGAAGUGGAGUCAGGUACACAGAACAGCUUCAUGGGCUUGAAGGAUCAUCUGGGGCAUGACCUAGGCCACCUUUGUGUGGAGAGCACUGACCCACAUUUAAGCACAUCUGUACCUUGGUCAAUGGUAGAAAAACCAACAAUGGAUCAAGUUAAUUCCGGGAAGGAAGGAAAAGAGGUGUCUGAAGAGAAUGCGAGCUCUGGUGACUCUGAAGAAAGCACAAAUUCUGAUAACGAGUCGGAACAAUUGAGUAGCAUUUCGGCAGAGCCAUGCUUUUUAGCCAAGGCUCACAGACAGCUGUGCAGGUCUCCCUGCUUGGAGCCUCACAUCCUCAAACGCGGUGAAAUCUUACAAGACUUGAAACCCGAAGAGCCCCAGACCGCACCCCGGGAAGUGAAGCCGCCCGACGUGGUGCGGGAGUACCAAACGAAACUGGAGUUUGCACUGAAGUUGGGUUAUUCUGAAGAACAGGUUCAGCUGGUGCUGAACAAACUUGGCACUGACGCUUUAAUCAAUGAUAUUUUGGGAGAACUCGUCAAACUUGGAAAUAAAAGUGAGGCCGAACAAACAGUUACUACUAUUAACAGCGUGAUGCGGGAAACGUCGUCCCUGGAGUCUCAGCGGUCUGAUUCUCCAAUGCUGCAGGAGAUCGUGACAGAUGAUGGAGAAAAUCUGAGACCAGUAGUUAUUGAUGGCAGCAAUGUGGCAAUGAGCCACGGAAACAAAGAAGUUUUUUCCUGCCGAGGGAUAAAGUUGGCAGUGGAUUGGUUUUUGGAAAGAGGCCACAAAGAUAUUACAGUUUUCGUCCCCGCCUGGAGAAAAGAGCAGUCCCGCCCUGAUGCUCUCAUUACAGAUCAGGAAAUUCUUCGUAAGUUAGAGAAAGAGAAAAUCCUGGUGUUUACACCGUCCCGGCGAGUCCAGGGCCGGCGAGUGGUGUGCUACGACGACAGGUUCAUCGUGAAGCUGGCUUUUGAGUCGGACGGUAUAAUCGUGUCCAAUGAUAACUACAGGGACCUGGCUAAUGAAAAACCAGAGUGGAAGAAGUUCAUAGAUGAGCGGUUAUUAAUGUACUCAUUUGUCAAUGACAAGUUCAUGCCCCCCGAUGACCCUCUUGGCAGGCAUGGCCCAAGCCUGGAUAACUUUCUGAGGAAGAAACCCAUUGUCCCCGAGCACAAAAAGCAGCCUUGUCCAUACGGAAAGAAGUGUACGUAUGGACACAAGUGCAAAUAUUACCACCCGGAAAGGGGCAGCCAGCCUCAGCGGUCAGUGGCUGAUGAGCUUCGUGCCAUGUCGAGAAACACAGCAGCCAAAACUGCAAACGAAGGAGGGCUGGUAAAAAGCAACAGCGUGCCCUGCAGCACCAAGGGUGACAGCACAUCCGACGUCAAGCGAGGCGCUCCGAAGAGGCAGUCGGAUCCCAGCAUCAGGACUCAGGUCUACCAGGACCUGGAAGAAAAGCUCCCCACCAAAAACAAACUGGAAACCAGGUCUGUACCCUCCUUAGUUAGCAUACCGGCUACUUCUACUGCAAAACCCCAAAGCACUACAUCUUUAAGCAAUGGCCUUCCAUCUGGAGUUCAUUUCCCACCUCAGGAUCAAAGACCACAGGGACAGUAUCCUCCAAUGUUGAUGGCAACCAAAAAUCAUGGAGCGCCAAUGCCUUACGAACAGUACCCAAAAUGUGACUCCCCCGUUGACAUUGGGUAUUAUUCCAUGCUGAGCGCAUAUUCAAAUCUGAGCAUCUCAGGCCCACGAAGUCCUGAAAGGCGCUUCUCCUUGGACACGGAUUAUAGGAUAAGCUCUGUAGCUUCUGACUGCAGCAGUGAAGGGAGCAUGAGCUGUGGGAGCAGUGACUCGUAUGUGGGGUACAAUGACCGGUCCUACGUCAGUUCUCCCGACCCACAACUGGACGAGAAUCUAAAGUGUCAGCACAUGUACCCUCACGGCCGCCUUAAUUCCCAACCCUUCCUGCAGAAUUUCCACGACCCCUUAACCAGAGUGCAAAGUUACAGUCACGAAGAACCAAAGUACCAUCACAAGCCGCCUCUCCCGCACCUGGCGGUGCAUCUGCAGCACCCGGCGGUGGGGGCCCGGUCCAGCUGCCCCGGGGACUAUCCCUCUCCUCCGGGCUCGACACACUCUAAGGCGCCGCACCUAGGGCGGUCCCUAGUGGCCACAAGACUAGACAGCAUCUCCGACUCGCGGCUGUACGACAGUUCUCCUUCGAGGCAGAGGAAGCCUUACUCCCGCCAGGAGGGGCUGGGGAGCUGGGACAGGCAGGGGUUCGGGAUGGACGCCUACGGCUACCGGCAGACCUACUCCCUGCCCGACAGCUGCUCGCAGCCCUGCUACGAGCAGUUCGCCUUCCAGAGCCUGCCCGAGCCGCAGGAGCCCGCCUGGCGGCUGCCCUACUGCGGGCUGCCGCAGGACCCCCCGCGGUACCAGGACAACCGGGAGAAGGUUUACGUCAACUUGUGCAACAUCUUCCCGCCCGACCUUGUGAGAAUUGUCAUGAAAAGGAACCCUCACGUGACAGAUGCCCAGCAGCUGGCCGCAGCCAUUUUAGUGGAGAAAUCGCAGCUGGGCUAUUGAAAGAUGAUGCAUCUUUGUGGUGUUUAGUCGUUUUUUGUUCAGCUCAAAUGCUGAGGGAGGUUUGCUACAAUAGCACAUGUGAUCUCCUUCUCAGCAAGGAGGUUAAAUAGUAUCCAUUUAUGUGAAAUACUGUAUCAUGGAACCUGUAUGUAUAGCCCCACACAGUGCAAGUAUCACGGGAUUGCUUUACAUUCAAACUUUUUUUUAACAUUUCCUUUUUAAAGCUAUAUCCUUGGCUGGAGAUUUCUCCAGUUUGAUUUAUUAGAUGUAUCUGGGGUCUUUGAUAUUAAUCUUUGGUGCAUCAGGGGUUUAUAUGCAGCACUUUUUAAUCCUUAUUUCAUGUUUUAUUAACUUGGUGUUUCUCUAUCAAUUGCAAGCAAUUACAGUACCUUCAGAAUGUUGAACAUUUGACUAGACCUAGCAAACUAUUUUUUCAAGCCAAGCUUAAUUGGAAUCUUUUACAGCUUUUUAAGUUAUUUUUAUUUGGGGAAAGUGGGCUUCUUUGUGCUAUAAUCAUUAUUUAUAGAAACAAAGAUAUACUACAGCACUGACUAUAUUUUAAACAAAUGUAAGUUACCAGUUUAUGCUGAAAUGGGUAACAUAUUAGAAUGAUUUAUAAUAUGGCACUUUUUAUUGUUUUAUUUUUGUUUGGAUUUUUUGUCGUUAAGUAAUUAGUUAAUUUAAUAUGGUGGAUUUAAAGGAAAGCAGAUGCAAUCAAUGGAAAAAAUUGUUUCCAUUUUUUUUUUUUUUCUUAUGAAUAAGGCAAAAGCUGUAACUGUUAGUUUACAGCUUUGCUAUCCAGCUGUGCUGUGCUUCAAGAUAGUAGAAAUGGAAUCGAAUUCCUAGAUUUCCACUGGCCUGUAUUUUUAAUGUGUUUGGGGCACAACGAUACUGGAUAAUAUAACCCUUUCGCAGUACUUGCCUGUUUUUAAUGAAUCUAAUUAUUCUCAGUGCAACUUUUAUAUUUAAUAUACUCUUCAGCUUUCCUGCUAUUUAUCAAGGCUGGCCUGAGGUGGUUUUAUGUGUUGAGGAUAUGCAACAUUUAUUGAUACUGCACUAUGGAAAUGGUGAUGGAGGAGUUGUAAAUGGUAACUUAACAUUUUUGUAAGAUACUGUAUAUUUUCCAUUUUCCUGAAGGUUGGUUUAUGGGGGGCCUGUUAUAUUAUUAAGGCCAGAUUCUUGCCACAAAUAGUGUAGUUUUAGAUACAGACUAAAGUCUGUUUUAGUAUUAGUAAGGGAUAUUUCUGGUUUCAAAGUCAUGGGUUUUGCUGGAUGCUCAUUCUUCCUGUCGGUUAGAAGGUAGAUACUGCAAUCAGUGGCAGACAGUUGUGGGAUUGACAUGACUUCCCUGUUGCCUCCAGUUGUUGAAUUUCACUCAGCGUAACAGCCUCAUUCCAAUCUGUUUCUGUAGUCUGCCCUGGUGAUUCUGAUUCCUCCACAUGCUACAGUUCGAAGUAAAGCCCUGAAAAACCAGAAAGUACCUUUUACUGUUGAUACAAAUUGUAUCUUUUUAACUAUAAGAACUAUUUUGAUUUGUAGAUCUAGUUAAAACACAGAUGUGUAACUAUGAUUAGACUUUUGGGCAACAUUUUAUCCCUUAUUUAAAUACAAAUUUUUUAAGUAAAAUUGAGGUCUAGAAUAGGGUAGAAAAUUAAAGUAACAAUUUAGGUAAAUAAAAGUGUCUGUCCUAGUUUUAUAUAAUAUAUAUUAAAAUAUAUUAAAUAAAUUUAUUGGCAUUUUCUUUCUCCUAAAACAUAUCUAGUGUGAACUUAACUUAAAAUAAAGGUAAAAUGCUGCCUGAAAAUAAUGUCCAAGCACCUUUGACUAGGAUAACAUUUUCACUACUUGUGCGACACUGUGUGUUGCACGAAGUAGGGUUUGGGUAUACAGUAAAUGCUUCUAAAAGGCAUUGUGCAUAUUGACAUAUCCAAUAAUCUGAACCGUGUUCAGCAAACUUAAUUCAGGAAAGUGGUGUUCUACACAAUUAUUGCUGUUGUUUUUGAGGUGAGCGUGGCUCUCAUCUGUACCCAGAAAGACUACGGAUGAAACCACACAAACCGUUCCAGGUGGUGUCUGUCUGAGAGCGACCCCACUCACUCAUGAAACUGUUCUUGAUUUUGUGGGUCACUGUCUGUAGAACAAGCUUAAAUGUAGAGGCGGAACCAGUGCCAAAAAUAGGGUUACAAAUGCAUAGUACCUUUUAUUUUAGUCAUAUUCUAAGCUUGUUGGGGUUUUUUUGUUUUUUGUUUUUUAGUGUGAAAUCACUUUUAAAUUGUGCAUGUAGGUUUUGCUUCCAUUCUCUUCAUUUUAGUAUCUUAAUUGUUUGGAGAUUCUGACAAACUUGACUGAAUUUAUCUAAAUGAGAUUUUAGGUGGGAUGUGUAUCACGCCUUUCAUUUUACCUUCUGAAUGUUUUUAGCUAACAGUUUGGUCGUUGCUUCGUGGAUUUUAGACUCUGGGGAGUAGUGGGGCCUGCCACCACCUGUCCUGAAGUGAAGAGCUCUGAACUGCCCGCACUGAAAUCCUUCAGUGUAAUUGUAAGUUAAGAUAUAGCCAUUUUCUUACGUCAAGGGGACAACUUGUCCCCCUUUUUUGAAACACCAAUGUUGCUUUCAGAGCUUAAGAAUCAGAUAUUUGUCAGACUUUAGAUACAGCAAAUUCUUAAUUACCUAAAGCAAUAAGUAAAAGGAUCCAUCAUUAAAUUAAAUCCAUAGCUGACUCCAAACCUUUAAUGUAGCCAAAAUUUUCACCUUAAUCAUACAUUUUACCAGACUUGCUGAUAAAGAAGAGGGGUGUGUUAGUGAGUAGUGGAGCUGCCAGGAGAAAGGAUUCGACUGGAAUGUUCUGCCCCUGAAUAGUGGGAGUUGACUGUACUUUACACAGUGAUGCGCCAGUUCCUGUCUCUCUGUCUUAGUACAGAGGGACUAGCACCCAGCUGGCCAAGUACUGGCCCUUAAGUGUUUCCUCCUUUCCUGCAUGUGAUAUGUAAGUUUUCAGUCUCCUUUUUAUGAUCUCUGUGUGUAUCCUGAUAGAGUUUGUCAUUAACCUAAACAUUUGAAGGAAAUGCAAACCAGUAUAAAAUAAUUGAUACUGGUAGAAACUAGAACUUUGUGUUUUUAUGAAAAUUCAUUUAUAAGCAUAUGUACUAUAACUAAAAAGAACGUUUUUAUAUAUACACAUACAUGCAUACCUAUUUGUCAUGAAGUAUUAACAAUGAGAGGGUGUUAUGCUUUCGAUGGCUAACUUUUCCUGAGUUGAACUACGUUUCCUUGAGAUGUACAUGCCCGAGUCUGGAGUCCGGAUGACCAAUGGCAAGGUUUAGAAACACUUGAAUGGAAAGCAGCUCUUCACUGUUUUUAUUCCUGGUAUUUUUAAAGAAUUAUUUUGAUAAUUUUAAUAGAAUGUGUAACUUUAAAACACACAAAAAAACCUUAAAGUAGUAUUGAUUAUACAGAUAAUUAUUUAACAUGUGUUUUAUGGAUGUAUCUAUAUGUAUAUAGACAGUAAUAUAUUUAUAAAACAAAUAUACUUUAUGUUGUAGCUGUUAGUGUGUGGUAGGUGGGCGGGUGGCUCUGGGUGUGUGUGUGUGUGCCUGGGUGUGUGCGCGCCUGUGUGUUAUCGGGCUGUUUUCCCGAUCGAAUGGCAGUUACCCUAAGGUACAUUUGGCUGUGGCUAUUCCUCUGGCCACCCAGCUUCCUUAUUCAAGAUAAAAUAAGAUGCACAGUGCUUUGGCCACUCUGUUAGCGUGUGGCUCAUCCAACACCUGGAGAGUUCCAAGCGACCGGAAGCCGGUCGGCUUAUAGCCAGAGCGAAUGCCCGUGUUCCAGAUGUAUUAAGCAAGGGAGCUCAGCUAGGGUGUUGGCUUCCUAGGUACAUACCAACAAAUAAAGUGGAGCAUAAAAUACAUGAACUGACACAUGCAUCAGAAUAAGAGAACGGGUGUUAAUAAAAGUAGAGAAACAUACACGAAUUUAGGUUGGUCUGGGAAACCCUCUAGGGCAAGGGUUGACAAACUUUGCUGUGAAGGAUAGGGUAGUAAACAGUUCGGGCUUCGAGGAUCACAUGGUGUCUGCAAACUGCUCACCUCUGCCCCGUGAAAUUAGGCACAGACAAUAUAUGCCAGUGGGUGUGGCUGUGUGCCAAGAAAACUUAAUUUACAGAAACAAGCAGAUCAGAUUGGGCCUAUGGGCUGCAGUUUGCUGAUCCCUGCCCUAGAGGGAGAAAAUCAGACAUAUUAAAAAUACAUUAAAUCCCGAUAUAUGGUAAUAUAGGAACUAAUUGUAUUUCAGUUGACAACGAAAGAAAAUCUUUUAUUGAUGGCCUUCAAAAGAAGACCAUGAGACAGUCAUAUUAAAGCAUCUUAAUCCACUUAGGUGUUUUACCUGCCCACACCCAUUAUUUAUUAGAAAGAUUUCUUAUGUUGAACCACAAAAAAAGUAUUCUGUAAAAAGAUAUUUCAAUAAGUAUUGAAAUUUUUUCAUGAACUAUAUAAUUCUAUUGCUAAAUGGGAAUCCCUUACCUACCUUUUGUUUCUUAAGGGCCUCAUGGACCAAAAAAUUCUGUUGUAUUUUGAAAAUUGGCAUAUAAUUAGCCACAAAAUAUUUUAAAGACUGCAUUUAUCAGUUACAUUUUUCUGCUGGUUUUUGACUUCUAAAAAAUGACAGAUAGGCCCUUCCUUUAAAAUAGUUCUAAAGAAGAUAAGUAUAUUGUAAUUUCACACACUGUAGCUUUAUUCUGUAAGGUUAAGAAUUGUGACUAGUGUAAUGGUAGCUAAAAUGUGAGUGCAUUCGCUGUAUUGGUGUCUCUAUAAGAAACUAAGUGUAUCCCUGCUUUCGCUGUCCCAACCUUUAGAGUAGACUUUUUGAAGAUACCUUGGGACAGUCCUUGGUGAGUGGUGUUCUUAACAUGAUCAUGUGUAAUUUUGAAUUCACUGGAUGUACACUGCGGAGCAUGUUCAUUCACAGUGUUUUAUAAAUUGUUACAUCAGUAACAUCUUUUAGUCUUGAACAUUACCAUCCACUUAAGUAGUUAUACUUUCUUGUAAAAUUGGAAUACAACUAUAGAUUUUAACAGCAACUGGUUACUUAACUUUUUGCUUUAAUGAGUCUAUUAACCUGCUUUUUACUUCUGUUACAAUGAUACUGUUGUGUGUGAAGAGUGACUUUUCCCCAAGGUCCUUAGUCUUUCAGAUUUAAAAACAAUGUAAAGUUUUUACCAUUUGGCAGUAAAAAAAAAAAAAAGUCUGUGCAUAUUUUAAUAUUUUGAUCUGUAAAAUUUGUAAAGUUUCACUUUUUAAACCAUGUACCAAAUUUGCCAUUUUUCCAUCUGGUUAUUUCAGAUGAGUGACAAAUGGUUGUCCAUGGAAGUUUUUUACCCUGUUCCUAAAGCAGUUUGUGUCUCAAGGGGAAAAGACAUUGAAGAUUUUUUUGAAAUUACAAAUGUCCUGGCUAAUACGAAAUACCCACAAACAUGCAGACUUCUGCAGACGUAGACAUAGCAUUGCGAGUGAGCCAGGUUACUGACUUUGUCAUUCCCUUUUAGGUUUCUUCCUCCCAAACCAUAGUUGUAUGCUAACAGUAAAAUUUCCAAUUUGAUCUCUCAGACUUUUCUUAUAGGAAAAUAAGGCAAAGAAUAUCUUUCGAACAACAGCUGAUCAACUGAUGUGAUUCUGUUUAUCCUACAUCUGUUCUGUGUGUUUCUGUAAUGGAAUUUUUACAACUCCAAAAAGCAGUAUUUUAGACCUAUUGGAAACCGUAUCAAAAUGGCUAUGUGAUUCUGCCGCUGAGAAAAAAAUAAUUAAAAAGUUCAUUUUUCUUAA